AAGCAUAUAAAUACCAAUAAUUCUAGAGAAAUUUAAUCACAGUUCGUCUACAAGCAAUCAGUAGUACUAGCAAUCUACAAAAAUGUUCGCCAAAAUCAUCUUCUUCUGCGCUCUGGCCAUCGCCUGUGCUUGCGCCAAACCCUACGUUCCUCUGGCUUAUUCUUCCCCGUAUGUGGCCAGUCCAGGUUUCGCCGUUGCGUCACCUUACACCGCUGCCUAUACAGCUCCUGUAGCCGCUGCCUACACCGCUGCUGCCCCUUACACCGCAUACUCUUCCGCCUACACCGGACUGCCCUACGCUGCGUACAGCUCGUAUGUUCUGUAAGUUUGUGGAUCCUCCCCUGGAGCUGGAAACCGGAUGAUAUGAUUGUUUUUGGAUGUACCCUUUGGAAUUUUUAGAUUUAAAUAAAGGCACUGUUUAACUAAAAUAAAUUUGAAUCAUUUUAGAAUUUGUAAUAAA